AUGCAAAUCGGAUAAUAAGUAGGUUAUAGUCCUUCAAUGGCAGUUUAUAGUAUAGAAUUAAUCAAAGACAUUUAAUCUAAGAGCACUACAUUUUCAAUUUAUUUCUUCAAAAUCGUUUCGGAUUUUGGAAUAAGCAUGGUAUAUAUUGAAGCAGUACUACCAUUUCUAUUUUUCUCAAGAAUCAAAGGAUUUUAUUAUGUCUUGAAUGUCUCAAUUACCCUCUUCAUUAUGAGUGUUUCAAAGAUGGCUUUUCAUGCUCCAAGACCUUACAUGCUCGAUGAUGAUAUUGAUGUUCAUGAUUGCUCAGUUGAAUAUGGUUUACCUAGUGGCCAUGCUUUUGGAAAUUCAGCUUCAAUUUUAGUUUUUUUGCUUGAUAAUUUGAAUUCCAUUGGAAAUUUAGCCAACAAAAUAAUAGUAUGCGUAGGAAGUGCAAUUUUUAUUCUGCUUAAUGGAUAUUCUAGACUUGCUAAUGGUGUACAUUCACUAGAUCAAGUCUUAUUAGGUUGGUAAUUCGGGAUACUUCAGUCAGUAAUAAUGCAUUACUCGAUAAGAAAAAAGUUGUCAGCGCACUUAUAGGAUAUUUAUGCAAAUGGUAAAACUAUCUCUUAAGAUAGAUACCUAAAAUACCACAUGAUAACUAUUUUUGCAUUCAUUGCUGGUAUACUAUCCAUUUUUGGAACUUACAUUAUCAUUGAAAAAACCUUUACUCCACCAACAUUGUGGAUCACAAGACUUCAUGCCAAAUGUGAAGCAGACAGUCUUUGGGAACUGAAUCCAUUAAGUUUGAUACAAUCUGGAGUAUUUUGUCUAGGAAUAUUUGGAUAUCUUGGAUGUUUAUUAUCUGGAUCAACUUAGACUCAUGCUAAUCAAGUUAUCUGGUAGAGAUUAAUUGCUUUAAUAUUGCUACUGCUUCCUGCUGGAGUUAUUUAGAUAUAUAAUUUUGAAACAAAUAGCCCUUAUAUAGAAUCUCUCCAAAUCUCUUAUCUACCUUGUGCUUAUGCAGGAUUUGUUAUGUUUUACUUAAUGGACAAAGUUUCUCAAAUCAUAUUUGGAUCUUAAUCUACUAAUCUUCACUCUGGAAAUUUGUUGAGUUUAUCAGAAUUAAAUAUCAAAGAUUAUAUUAUAGAAAUAGACGGGAAUAAGUAAAAUAUUGGAAAGAUUACAUAUAUUUGA